CUCUAGCUACCUUGAAGGCUUCGACCCCGUUGGCUCGCCGUCAUUACCCCAGUACUCAGAUUAUUAUCUCGUUGCUGGUCAUUCUUUAAUACUUGCCCAACUAAUUCCACUCCUUAAUCUUUACAACUAAUUUGACGACUGUCGCUCUCUUAAUUCCGUCGUUCCCUGCAAGACACGGUGCUCUUCAGAUCCACUCCUUGAAUACUACUAUUCAAUUCGACACUCCCCUUCCAGUUCGACAAAAUGGCCUACCACAAACGCCCAACUUCGAGCUACCAACCCUGUGACACAUUCUUCGUGGAAUCAUACGAGGACUUUCCUGUUCCCCGGAUGGAUCCAAAGGAACAUGCAAAGCUGAUUGCCCGCGAGCGUCAGUAUGCUAUCGCCGAUGAACUGUCCAGGGUUACGAGCGAGGAAUACCGUGAGGACGUGUUGUCCCACAUGCUGGACAUGGAUGCUUCUACCCUUGCUGAUGUUGAAUCAAUUGACAUCCAAACGGAAAUCCAGUGGUUCAUGCGUCCUUACCUUCUUGACUUCCUAAUCGAAGCUCAUACCGCCUUCCAAUUACUGCCAUCGACCCUGUUCUUGACCGUCAACCUUCUCGAUAGAUACUGCUCCAAGCGUGUUGUCUAUAAGAGACACUACCAACUGGUUGGCUGUGCAGCUUUGUUGAUUGCGGCCAAGUAUGGUGACAAGAAGGAUCGUGUGCCAACCAUCCGGGAACUCAAGUCCAUGUGCUGCUCCUUGUACGACGAUGACAUGUUCAUCCAGAUGGAAUGGCAUGUCUUGCAAACUCUUGGGUGGACAAUUGGACACCCAACCGUCGACACCUUCCUUCAGACGGCAGUCAUGGACACUCCAUACGACCCUGAGGUCGAGCAUCUAGCUCUCUAUAUUGCAGAGAUCUCGAUGUUCCACCGCGAGUUCGUGUCCAAGCCAUCCUCCGACCUUGCUAGGGCAUCCCUUGCCCUAUCACGGUGCAUCCUAAACCGUCCUCAACCCCGUCACACGGAAUGGGCCUCGCAGUAUGACUCGAUGACACUGGUGGGUCUGUCACAACAGCUUCACCAGCCAUCUCAGGUGCUCGCGAGGAAGUACUCCUCAUCUCACUAUUCCCGGGUCUCGAAGAUCCUCGAACAGUUCCUCGCUCGUCAGGCCUCGAUCGCAAGUUACUCGCCGCCGAGCCCUCCCUCCGACAUGGUUGACGUUGAAUCCAAGCCAUAUGAAGGAGAAAUUGGGCUCGCUACUCCUCAGAAGGCUCCUCAUCCCUCCAACAUGCCACACGGAUAUAUCACCCCGCCAAUCACCCCCGAAAAUGAGGCCUUCAUCAAUGGUAGCAAUGCUGGCUAUGUGAAGACAGUCCAGGUGCCUAGCGCAUGCUCACCGUCGCCGACACCUUCACCUAGUGUGCAGCAGUACAUGACCCACAACCCCUACCAGCAGGAGUCGGCCUACGUGUCCCAACAAUUCCUUCAACCUCAAAUGAGCUUCACCACAGGAUAUUAGGCUGUGCUAGUAUUUCAAAGCCUACCACGUCCUGGCGAAUCUUGUGCCAUCUUUUAACCGAUCUGGUUUACUCUACAUAAAACCUUUGGAGUGGUUCCGCCAGCUGUCUUGCACGGACAGACCUGGAAUUUUCCUUUUUUUUUCUUACAAUCAUUUUCUCUUUGUUAUCUGCAAAAAAUUGCAUACCCCUCUCCUUAUGUUGUGACAUAUCAUACCUUGGGU